CGCGCCGCAGGACUUCGACUCCAUCCUGGGGCGAUUUCAGGAGGAGGACGCCAACGAGGAGGCCGAGAAGGAGAAGAUCGAGUCAGAGAUGGUAGAGGAGUUCGUCGAUCUCGGAGUUACCGGGGACGGCCUGGAGGACGACGACGCGGGGGACGAGACCAUGACCGAUGCGGAGCUGGCCCGUGCAGGCAAGACGAGGGUUGUCUACAAGGGCCUCGUGCCCUCCAAAGCGUACUGCCGAAUGAUCGCCAUCGAGAACGCGAAGCGGACCUGGCAGAACGACUGGAAAGGACCUGGCUGUUCCAUCCCGGUGAAGAUCGCCAAGCUGACUGAGGUGAUCCGGGCACUGACGAUCCACUGCCGCGAGAACUACCACGACUACCUCUGCCGCAGGAGGCUGAUCAUGAGGGUGGCGGACAGGCGCAGGCUGCUCGACACGCUGUCCUGGACCAACGUCGAGGGAUACCUCAAGAUACGCGAGGUCCAGACCACCGGGAAGGCCACCGCUCGCGGCCUUGCGCGCUGGCAUGCCCAGCCGUGCGCGAGCAGGCAGGAGCCGGGCGCGGUGCCAUGGCGGAGGUGCCAGUGGUGCCAGCACACUUCGCAGAUGUAUCAGCAGUUCUGCACGAACGAGAUGGGGAUGGCAGUGAAUCGCGACAAGGAGGUCUACUUCGCAAAGCUUGCGGAGCAGGCGGAGCGCUACGACGAGAUGGCGACUCACAUGGAGGCAGUGGGGAAAUCGGGGGACGAGCUUUCAGUUGAAGAACGCAAUCUCCUGUCUGUGGCCUACAAGAACGCCGUGGGUUCGCGUCGCGCUGCGUGGCGUAUCAUCACCAGCGUGGAGCAGAAGGAGACUAGCAAGGGCAACGAGGAAAACGCAAAGUUCGCGAAGGAGUACUGUAAGAAGGUGGAGGGUGAGCUCGAUGACAUCUGCAAGAAGAUCCUUGCCGUGUUGGACAACAGUCUCAUUGGAAAGGCAACGACCGGCGAGUCUCAGGUCUUCUACCAGAAGAUGAAGGCCGACUACUACCGCUACAUUGCCGAGUACACCACCGGCGCUGACAAGGAAAAGGCUUCGAACGACGCCAAAUUAGCCUACGAGGAGGCGCAAGCGAUUGCGACCAAGGACUUGGCAGUGACGCACCCGAUCCGUCUCGGUCUUGCUCUGAAUUUCUCUGUGUUUCAGUACGAGGUGUUGGCGAACCCGGACGAGGCGUGCAAGAUGGCGCGCACCGCCUUCGAGGACGCGAUCGCCGAGCUCGACAACGUCGCAGAGGACUCCUACAAGGACUCAACCCUCAUCAUGCAGCUGCUCCGCGACAAUCUGACGCUCUGGACCUCGGAUCAGGGGGGGCGGGCCCCGCAGAGGGGCGCAGAGCGCGCUAUGGCCGUGGGGGCGCCAGCGGCCUCCCCGUUCGGCCUCGCCACCGCGGACUUCGUGGAGCCCUGCACGCGGGCGGUCAUGUUCUCGCUGGCGAACUUCCUGUACGACCAGGCCGUGUUCUUCGCGGAGCGGCUGGUGGCCCACCUGCCCGACAGCGAUGAGGCGCUGCGCAUGCUUGCGGCCGCGCACCUGCACAGCGGCGACGCGGCUCGCGUUCGCGUGCUGCUCCAAGGCGGUGCAGCGCGCACGCCUCAGCUGCGGUACCUGCUGGCGCUGAGCUGCAUGCAGCUGGGCAAGCCGGAGGAGGCCGAGGCUGCGCUGCUCGGGCGGACCGGAGGCAUCAUCGGCUGGAGCGACGGUGUCGCUGGCUGCGGCCCAGGCCUCUAUCUGCUGGGCCAGGCCAGAGAGCGCCUUGGGCGGCCAGAGGAUGCAGCGGAGUGCUACGCCAAGUGCCUGGACGUGUGCCCCUUCAUGUGGUGUGCGUACGAGCGCCUCAGCUGGCUCGGCACGGGCACCGCCUCUGCCGCCGAGGGGUCCUCCUCCACCUCUUGGGCUGCGCCGGCGUCGCACGGCACAUACUUCCAGGAGGACGACCUCAGGCAGGACCCCGUGCUGCACCCCUGUCCACAGGUGGCCGGCAGCCCGCGAGGCCUCGGGGGUGGCGGCCUGUGCAGCGGGGCCGUGGCCUCGCCGCCGAGGAAGCGGCGCCGGAGCAGCGGCGGCUGCCCGCUGCGCGCCUCGCCCGGGCUGGGCGACCGCGGCACGCCGCCGGCGCUGCCGCGGACGCCCCGCGCGGCGCGCGCGCCCAGGCCUCGGUCGGCGCAGCGUCGCCCGAUGCCGGGCGCCCAGAGCUCCAACGCGGCGCCGAGCCGCACGAGCCCCGCGAGGCGGCGGCCCCCGCGCCGCGCCCCGCCGCGACGCUGGGGGCGCUGCUGCGGGCCCUGGGGGCGGUGCUGCGCGCGCAGCGCAGGUUUGCGCGGCGGGAGGCGCUGCUGGAGGCCCUCGCCGCGCUGCCGCCCCAGGAGCGCAGCGCCGCGCUGGCCCAGGAGCUGGCGGCGCGGGGCCGCUUCGAGGCGGGGGAGUACGCGGAGGCCGCGAGGCUCUACGCGGAGUGCCUGCGGGCGCACAAUGCUGCACCGGUCCGUGGGCCUCGACCGCUACUCCACGGCCCUGUGGCACCUCCGCAGCGGGGCCGAGCUGGGCCGCCUGGCCCAGCGGGCCCUGGACUGGGACAGGCUGCGCCCGCAGGCCUGGUGCGUCGCCGGGAACUGCUUCAGCCUGCAGGGGGAGCACGACCGGGCGAUCCGGUGUUUCCGGCGGGCCAUCCAGGUCGACCCUCUCUUCACGUACGCCUACACGCUGCUGGCGCACGAGUACACGGCAACGGAGAAGUUCGACAAGGCCGUCGAGCUGUACGAGCGCGCUCUCGGGGUGGACCGCAGGCACUACAAUGCCUGGUGGGGCCUGGGGAACGUGUACCUCCACCAGGAGGAGUACGGCAAGGCGCGGUACCACUUCCAGAGGGCCGUCGACAUCAACGGCAGCAACGCCGUGCUGCUGACCUCCCUCGGCAUGGCGUGCCGCUCGAUUCGGCGGCGACCGGGGCGCGCUCUCGAGCUCUUCGCCGCGGCCGCGGGGGGCCCAGGCGGGGCGGCGCUGGCGGCCUUCGAGAAGGGGCGCGCCCUGGCCGCCCUGGGGCGCCACGAGGAGGCCCUGGAGGAGCCUCACCCGCGUACACCGCGUCGCGCCGAAGGAGCCGGCGGUGCACCUGCAGCUGGGCCAGGUCCACGGCAGGCUGGGUGACGCCCGCCAGGCGCUGCUGCACUUCACGACGGCCCUGGACCUCUGCGGCUCCAGGUCGCAGCGAGAAGCACGCUCACCGUGGCCAAGAUGGCGCGGUAUCUCGUCGACGCCGAUCUUGGUCAUGGUCCAUGCUGGCCCAAUUGCCGACUCGCGAGGACGACCUACGAAGUGACGGUGACCCAGCUGGACGGAGACCAAGAUCGACACCGACGCUUCCGCGCUCAGUCUUGUUCAGGGGACUCCCGGGACUACCAGGCCAUCCUCGCGGCCCAGAACGAGCUCCUCCAGUCCGCUGGCGGCGUCGCCUGCCGCGACCGGCCCGCCGCCUCGGCGGGGGUGGUCGCCUCCGCGUGAGGCCUUCCUGGGAUCGGCGGCAGCAUCCGAACCCUUGCCUUGCCGAUCAAGCCGAUGCGUGGGCGUGUCGCCAUGGGGGGGGAGACGUCGGUUCCACAGGCAGGGGAUAUGUAUAAAUCCCCGCCUCGCAGAUCAACGAUUCA